AAACAGGUUUAUCAUCCCGAUAGCGAAAUAGACCACAAAUGCGUAACGAUUAACGGUGUUCAAAUGCAGAUCGAUGUUCAACCAUAUGUCCAACACGAGAGACAUUUUUAUUUGAGAGGUUUUGAAAUGUCGUCUUGUUUUAAAGGUAGUCAAGCCAGAGUUGAAUAUCAACUGCAACCUUGCCUCGACCAUGCAGAGCUUUCGAUUCAGCCUACUUGGUGCAGAUUUUUGAGGGGUACACCCCGUGACAGAAUCGAGGUAAUACACCCACAACUCGACAAAUACCUGUGCUAAGAAUGUAGUCGAUGUAGUAAGUCAAGAACUGCGUUACUUCAUAGGAGGAUCAUAAUUCCCGAAACUGAACACAACAGUUUGAAAUUAAACCUUUCUCCUACGCAGAGAUUUUUAAUCUAUAACUAAUUUCGACGCCAGACAGUAAACAAGACUUCGGUCGUUGGAAGGGUCUUCUAUCAAGUGGGCACUUACGAUAAGAAUGAACAGAUGAGUAAAUAGAGAAGUGUUUUUGAAUGAGUGAUAGAGGAGGUCACUUAGCAACCAUGUUUCUUGCUUGUUCUUUCAUUGUAGCUAGAAGCCCUAGAAGGUUUUCGAGCUAUCAGUUAGUCUUGCCCGUGAUAAGACUAGCGUACACAACACAUGAAGAUAUAUCCAGAUGUAUGUCAUGAAUGGGGUGUUAGUGGCAUAAAGGUACGUUUACACACAACGAUUAAUCGGGUCGAUUCAGCUUUAAUUAAAUGAUAUUUGAAAAAAUACGCUUCAACGUCAUCAGACGACAUCGUCAACUGACAACAUUCGUCAUUAACAUUCGGCAAAACCUGAAAUUGGCCCGAUUAAUCGUUGCGUGUAAACGUAGCUUAAAGCGUCGGAUUGAUAGGGAUGGAACUACAUGAAAAAUACAAGGAGAACUUCGACGUUUCGAGCGAAGGUCCUUCCACCGGAGCACAUUUUGCGGUUGGAGGCUAUACUAACUUUCCCGACGAAGAGCUCGAAACUCGAAGUUCUCCUUGUAUUUUUCAUGUAGUUGUAUCUCUAUCAAUCGAAAGCUUUCUUAUUAUUGGAACUACCUACACUGGCACAGACGUGGCAGAAUAGUUAGUGCAUGUGCCUCGGCGACAACUUUAGGACCAGGAGUAGGCCUCCUUUCACAUUCCGGCGACCGAGGGGCUUGAAAUUACUGACGCACUUUUGCAGAAAGCACUGGACCAAGGAUAGCUCUUACCCGAGCUCUAGAAAGAAGAGUAUAGAACUUCAGCAUGAAUAAAAUUAGCAGUCCAGCGUGCGUCAAGCACUCCAAUUAAGCGUUUGCUACAAAACUGAAUGUGAAAAAACUUUUCUGGACGUUCUAAUUAACGCUCCUGAUGGAAGCAAUUAUUAAAGGUCCGAAUUGCUCUGACGUAAAUAGAACAGUGAGGCACUGCGCGAGACCACAGUUUGACGCAGGAGAUGUCUGUAAAAACAUGCACGUAAUGUUUUGCUACCAAAUUAACCUUUUCAUUAUUUUUAACGUUGUCUAGACAGGAAAACGGUCAAUGGAAGUUAAAGAACACUGAAAUCCUUACAGUGGAAAUCAUAUUUGCAUCACAAAAUCCGUACUAUAUACAGACUAUAGUAUUUUCAUACCAUAUUCAUAGUAUCAGGGAAAUAGCAACUAGAAUGGAAAUUGGAUUUCACUCGAACAGUCGGCAGUUGUCAGAUUGGACUUCUAAGGAAACAGCAACAACACAGCGAUCACGUAGCUUGUGGGGUCAGGGGGUAUGCCCCUCACACUUUUUCGCUGAGUAAAAAUUAAUUAAAUAAAUGUUUUUAAUUAAUAUCAGGGUUAAAUAAUUAAAUAAUAUGACUACAAUCAGGCUUCGCUCGCCCGCGUGCCCCCCCCCCCCUGCCCACUUCUAAACUGGCUCCGCGGUCAAUAUAUAUCCACUUGUUUUUCACAGACGGAAAGGUCAAUAUUUGCCUCCAUAAGCAAUACAAAAACAUUCCGGUUCCUUUCUAACCUUUCAGACUUUUAACAAAUUUCCUCUUUUCAAUAUAAAAAUGAAAACGUUGGCGUAAAUUGCCGGAAACUGGCUAAACUUCCUCAAUAGUAAAGUCUCAUUUUCACUCAAGAAAAAUUUCCAAGGAAAGAAAAUUUUCCAAAUGUAUAUCAUUGUUAAAAGUUGAAAAUUUUCGAUUUCAAAUUUCAAAA